UGCCUUUCAAGCAUCAUUUAGUGAACCCAGUUUACAUAAACAAACGUCAAAAAUGCUUCGUGACAAUGCACACCCGAAACACCACAACUUUAAUUAUUUCCCAAUUCCUCCUGCUCAUCCUCUCACACUCCUCACAAGCUCAUUUUCAAGAAAACGACCUCAAUUACAAAAUCACCGAUUACCAUCUGGUCUCCACCAAAAUCAAUGCGAAAAUCAUCAAACGGGACACCUUGGUGUCCGAGGUGCGUAACUUCCUAUUCACUUUGGACUUAUACAAUGACGGAAGACCUUUGACUAUCACCUUAAGGCAACGUGACAGUGAGAUCCUGGUACCUGAGAGCAUCAUCCAGAAAAUGUUUAAAGGUACUAUCAGUAACUACGAAUCAGCUCCACUGGAAAUAGCCAAGACCAGUCAACUGCUAGAGGGAUACGUCCUGGAGGAGCCUUUUAACAGUUCAGUGACUGGAUAUAUGAAAAACAACAAUUUCUAUGGGCACCUACUCAUCAACGACUCCCUCUUUUGGAUAGAUGAACUUAAAGAAGGGAAAAUUCAAGAGAAAAUUAACAUAUCCCAGUUUCACUAUCCCGAAAAAGCGAUAGCGACUCCGAACGCUCUUGUUUUUAAGAUAAAUAAAGUUUUGGUCGGGAUGAUCCUGAACCAGACCGAUCGAGCGAGGAUUUUAUUCAACGAGUUGGUGCGGAGGCGGUUUUUUGAGAACCAGUUCGCCUCAUGGAAGGGAAAAGGAAGACUUUGCUCUCUGGCAAUAGUCAUCGACUACUCGUUCCUGAUGAAAGUCCAUGGGGGCAACGUGGAAGCAGCAGUAUUCCACGUGCUGUUCUCCUUGGAAGAGGCCAACGCCAUAUUCCGAUCCACAGAUUUUGAUGGGGAUGGUGUUCCUGAUAAUAUCGGGUUUUAUGUCAAGAGUAUCUUGGUGGUAACCACUCCGGAUCCAACAUAUUUUCUGGUUCCCUAUCAGAAUGAGGUUAUGGAUGUAAAUAAAUACAUUUUGACAUUCAACAGGUUUCCAGGGCUACCAAAACACUGCCUAGGCAUAGCCUUUACCGCACAAAAAUUCGACAAAGGAACUUUAGGAGCGAGCUACACCCCAAACAGUGACUCUCUCUAUCCAACAUCUGGCGUUUGCGACUAUUUCUAUCCUCGCAUAGGCUCCCUAAAUGGCUUAAUUAUUACCUCAUCCACCACGAAAAGCCCUUUGGUGAACCAAUUGAUUUUUGAGGUUACCAUCACCCACGAGUUGGGUCAUAGUUUCGGAUCUGUACACGAUUCAGGAAAACGAUGCGAGGGCUAUAUUAUGUCAGAAAAGUCUUAUACGAACUAUUACGCCAAAGAGUCUCGCUUAACGUUCUCAGAGUGCAGUAAGAAGUCGAUGAUUAGAGCUUUGGCACUUAAAGGGGGAUGUUUAGAGCCUGUUACGUCAUCUUUUUGUGGAAAUGGUUUGAUCGAGGAAGGUGAGGAUUGUGAUUGUGGUACAACAAGGGAUUGUUUGUAUAAGGAUCCUUGUUGUACUCCCAGAAGAACCAGGGAGCAUCCGUGUAAAAUUAACAGGAAAAUGGGGUUCCAGUGCCAUCCGUCUCAAGGGGAGUGCUGUACCAAGGACUGUAGAUAUAGUGGCUCUUUGAGUAAAUAUGUUACUUGUCGCAACUUCAACAAAGAUUGUCCAUGCUCCCCUCCAGAUAAGCAUUGCGCAUGCGGCUUGAACGGCAUGUGCAUAGAAGCCGAAUGCCACAGCACGGAAUGCGCUAGAAUAUCCCUGAAAGAAUGCGCAUGUGACCCAAUGUACAUUCAAAGAACAUGCCAAGUAUGUUGCCUGUAUGAAGACCACUGUAUUACAGCAUACGACGCUACCAAUUUAAUGCUCAAGAAUCAUGCUGUCAAGUUAAUUUCUGUGGCGAGUGAUAAUGCGUUUGAAAAAUCCGAAAUAUUUUUGGAGAAAACGGUCUGUUCUACUAACGAGAGCUGUCACAAGUUGAGGUUUUAUGAAGGAAAAGUUGGGAAUUAUUGUUUGUUUCAUGGUAAGUUGGGUAAGUGCGAAAUGGGGGGCUACUGUUCGGUCUUGUUGCCCAAUCAGAGUUUUCCCUCGUUCGAGAGUUCGCACUGUAUAGUUUUCAGGGUUAAUGUACUUAAAAUGUUGACCUAUGUGCUUGUCAAUAUGUCCCUAGUAAAACUAGUUUUUUAAAAAGA